CUUCGCAAGUUUCUUAUUUCUGCCAACAAAAUUCUUCCCUUUCUUAAUCUUCUCUUUCACACUCACAAAAUCAGAAAUUCAAAUAAAAAAAAAACCCAUUAUAUUACCUUCAAAUUUCAAUUCUCUGAAAAACCCCCUCACAAAUUCAUCAUCUUCUCUCACGAAAAGCAGAGCCCAUGUCCUCCUCCUCCUCCGCCCAUCCGUCGUUCGACGGCGACUCUUUCUUCAUCCCCGUCCAACCCCACCCUCGCCGGAACGCUUACGGUUUAAACAACAAAAUCAUGCUCACCGCCAUCGUUUCCCUCUCUCUCGUCGUCGUUCUCGUCAUUGCCCUCCACAUUUACGCCAGAUACGCCCUCCGCCGCCAGGCGCGGCGGCGGAACCUCAUGCGCCGCCUCGGUAUUAUCGCCCUCAUGGACGCCCACGACCCGCCGCCGCCGCCGCGGCGGUCGGGCCUCGACCCGAUUGUCAUGGCGUCGCUGCCGGCGAUCGUUUUCAAGCUGCCGGAAAAUCAGGACCCGGCCGGCGCCGCCGUGGAGUGCGCCGUGUGUCUGAGCGCGGUGGAGGACGGCGAGACGGCGAGAAUUUUGCCGAAUUGUAAACAUAUUUUCCACUCGGAAUGUAUCGACAAGUGGUUCGGGUCGCAUUCGACCUGCCCAAUUUGCCGGACGGAGGCGGCGCCGCGGCCCCAGCCGGAACCCAGAGAAGCUCCGGCCGGUGGGUCGGUGCCGGCGGUGGAGGCCGUUAAUGGGUCGGGUUCGCGAUUGAGUUCGUUUAGACGGAUGCUUAGUAGAGAAAGGUCUUCGCGGACAAUUCAACGUUGCGUACAAGAAAAUAGAAACGACGACGUUCGAGACUUGGAGAGGCAGUAAAUAUUAAUGUAAAAUCUAUUAAUUUUUUUUCUUUCUCUUCUUCCUCACUUAAAAGUACUCUUGAUUUGUCACUAGAGUGUAAAAGAAAGAAUUGAAUUAAAUACAAAUAUUUACUGAUACUCAA